CUGUCUGGCCUCACUUGGCGAGGCGUCGGGGAAGUGAAUCAAUGGGAUAAUUAUUUACUCGUCGGCAACCCCUUGAAGGUCGGGGGGGCUUGGCCAGGUAUAAAAGAUCUGGCCCUGCGUGGGGGUGCCCAGUGGAGCACAGGACGCAAAGACAACAUGAGGACCCUGUUACUGCUGUGCGUGUUGGCGGGCGUGGCGAUGGCCCAGUACGAGGCGGGCUUCGUCAAGAUCCUUCAGGACAAGCGGUACCAUAGCGGCAACACCUUCGGGAACUUCCGCGACCAGGAGGACGGCACCAAGUACUUCGAGGAGACCGAUGAUACGGGUCUCCGCCGUGGCUACUGGGAGUACAUCGACGAGAACGGCCAGAUGAUUCGCAACGAGUUCGAAGCCGGUCCCGGAAUCGGCUUCAGGAUAACAAAGUCCAACCAGCACGCCGCCACCGCCGCCGCCCCCAGAAGAAGCCGCCCUACCUACACCCCCGCCCCCCAGCCACCCCCGACCGCCGCCCCCCAGUACAACCCAGUCCCAGCUCAUCCCCAGUACCAUGCCGCCCCAGUUCACGUCCCCGCUCCCGCCCCUGCCCCUGUUCCCCACUUCGCCUCGAGCCUUCAGCCCGACCCCGAGAACUUAUUUGACUACCCCGGGAAUUUGGAGUUCUCUCGCUCUCAUCUUGGGCACAGGUUCAAGUUCACAGCUUCAUAAACUCCAACUUCUCCUCCUCCUCCUCCUCUUUCCUCCUUCUCCAAGCCUUAAGGAUGCUGGUCUUAGCUCGGUUCAUCUCCUAAUCACCUUUUAAUAUCUUCCUAAGGCAAUAGUUUUCCCACGUUGAUUUCAUAGUCAGUCUCGUUGUCUGUUUCUGACGUGUGUUGUUUUCCUUGAUGCUGCGUUUCAUAGUCUUUUCUCUGCCCUUGAUAACACUAGUAAUGCCAUAGUGAUCAUCCAUUGUCACGCCAGUACUUAAUAUCUCCACUAACUAAGUCUCAUCAGUAAUAUUUUCGUCCCUUUCUUUUUAGCUCGACAAGAUCAAAGCGUGUCUUGCUAGGAAUUACUAAGCUAUUAUGUAUACUUAUGGCCUAGUGGUCCUAUUACUUUCCUAUUUCCUUUCCUAUCGGCUAGUGUUCUUAUUCUUAGCCACACGCCAAUACCUGCCCUUCCUACUAAUCCGAAAUAACAGGCUACAAAAGUUCUCGUCUUCCAACUAAUUCCCUUUCCUCGAACAACUACCAGCAUCGCCACCUCCACCACCACCACCAUCACCCUCCCCCAACCGCCGCCCUCUUCACACCCCUUCAGCGUCACCGACAGGAGUGCUACGCUAGUCGAAGCCUCCAGUCAGGGUCCUCGCUCCACUACAAAUGCUCCUCAAGAUGCUGACGUUGAGAUUGCGGCCGCGUUAGACAAGCGAAGUCAAGCGUAUAUUAGCAGCGGCGUAUUGGCGAAGCGUAUGGGUCUUGUAUUGUCAAACGUUUCGGGCUCUUGUUAAAUACGACCGUCUUACAAAACUACCACCAGGGUCAAGAAACCACCCUCGGAAACCCCGACUUACAACUUCCACGACAGCCUUUGAAAUGGAUGUACUAAGGUUCCGAAGAGCUUGAUAAUACAUGUGUCUCAGUGGGUCUUAUGGUUCUGUGAUAUCUAGUCUUCAGAUGCGCCAAGCCAGCGUUCAUGUUAUACAUUUUGAGAGGCUAAAUUCUUUUCGUUAAAUUCGCGACCCGUGAUGAAGCAAAUUGAAUCAGUGUUUAUAUAAGCUCGAUCUGUUUUUGCGGUUAGGUUUUGUUUGUAGUUUUAAAUUUGCGACCCAUUCUGGAGCUUGCUGAUAAAAAUGACGAUCCAGUGAGUAGUCAAAAGCGGUGUUCUUCAGGCUGUUCUAUAUUUUAAGUCAGAGUUGAUCUUAUCCAACUUUGCAGACAAGUUUUCUUUUGGUUUAAAUUUGCGAUAUUUUUUGAAGCUUGUUGAUAAAAUGACACUUCAAUACGUAGUUAAACGCGGUACUCUUCAGACUUCAAUAUUUCAACCCUAACACCUGCGACCAUUUCUUAAAGCCAGUUGACCGUAUCAUAAAUAAAGUCCGUUAAAUCAUCUAAAUUAUAACAUACCUUCGAAAUUAUCAUCUCACUCAAUCUCUCUCGCGUUAAUUAUGAUAGAACGUUUAAACUUCAAGGUCUAUUGUGUGUCUAUCUCUAUCUCUCUCGCAUGGCUUGGCUGUCUUCUUCAAAUUCACGUGAAAUACACUCGAAAAAAUAUUCCUGGAAAAAAAUUAAUGUGAAGUUAUAAAAUAAUGAAAAAAAAUGUAUGUAUGGCCGUAGCUAGAAGUGAAAGGAUGAGAGGAAGGAAGGAAGGAAGGAAGGAAAGAAGGAGGGAAGGAAGGAAGGAUGGAGAGAAGGCGUAUCGUUAUGUCUUUUUUUAUCUUCCUUCCUUUCCUUUCCUUCUUUUCUCUUUCUCUCCUCCUCUUCCUCCUUCAAUCCCUCUCUCCUCUCUACCUCUUUCUCUCCUCCUCUCCCUCAGUCUCUUCAUUCUUCCCCUCUGUAUCUUCCUGCCCUUCCUCCCUCUCUUUCCUCUCCUCGUCGGCCAGCAGUUGGAUUUCUUGGGCAUUGUUAGUGUGUGGUCAAAGGAUAGUAAUUUGGCCACGUGUUAGUGUGUCCGUGUGUCUGGCUCGCCACACGCACGGCCUUCCUUAUAGUUAUACCUAAAAACGAAAACCCUCAUCGGAAUUAUCCCGCAUAGUUUCAUGAGAAAAUGUCACAUAACAGAAUCUCGAACCGUAAAAUUUGACCAAAAAAAUAUUAUGAAGUUGGUGUUGAAAGUAAAGUAUUUUGGGGGUCAGUAAAAUUAAUGUAAACUUUCGAAAAUGUAGAGUAGCGAUAAAAGAAAAGUUAUACAGUUUAAUUGAUUUUGGAAUGAGAAAAUGUUGUUAGUAUUGAAUGUAAAGUUUCUCUAAGUCACUGCUUCAUAACGCUAAUUCGUGAAAGAUAAAUUAUUCAGCUUUAUAUGACGUGGAGAUUAUUAAAAACUGAAUGGCCUAAAAAUUACAAGAAAACAAUCAUAGUAAUCAUAAUAAUACUGGUAAUAAUAAAGCUUAGAUUACGUAUAGCGAUGUAAGGAAAAGUAAAAACAGCCUUAAACGUUGCAUUAUAAUCAAGGAAACGUUGUCAAAAUAUUCGAUGUAUUCCACGCCGUUCGCAAAAGUCAAAUAAUAUUUCCAUCAACUUAGAUUACGUACAAUAGCGAUGUAAAGAGAAAUAAUAGUAGCCUUAAACGUUGCAUUAUAAUCAAAGAAACGUUGUCAAAAUAUCCGAUGCAUUCCUCGCCGUUCGCAAAAUUCAAACCAUUCCAUCAACUUAGAUUACGUACUAUAGCGAUGUAAAGAGAAAUAAUAGCAGCCUUAAACGUUGCAUUAUAAUCAAGGAAACGUUGUCAAAAUAUCCGAUGAAUUCCACGCCGUUCGCAAAAGUCAAAUAAUAAUUCCGUCUUCUAAACUUACUUUGACCCCUGACAAAAAAAUAAACUACAAUCAAAAAGUAUGAAAGUUUAAAAAAUGUUACAAAACGUUACGACAAGCAAAAGUACCUACGAAGAAAAGAGAAAACCCGCGCGAAGUGUGAAUGCCGCAAAUCAUCCACAUCUCUAAUAAAAAUACAAAAAUGAUGUCUCGUGUGAAAGUCUGAAAAAAUAUACGACUCUAAAAAACAAACAGGAAUGAAUAACAGUUAUCAAAGUGUCUGUGUUUGUUUGGAGAGAGACACAAACGAACACACACACACACACACACACACACACACACACACACACACACACACACACACAGCCUCACCCUUCCCUCAGUAACCUACAUAAGACCCACUAUACGCUCCGCUACGCCCCCUUCGCUAUACGCUUCACCACGCUGUACGCUGUGCCGCAUUGCCGUUCAGCGAGGAGUCUUUUUUGCGUUGAUUUUCUGUUGCGAUUCGACAGUAGUUCAACGGCAGGCCGCCAACAGGUCUGGUGUAUAUUUUUGUAUAGAUAAAAGUUGACAAUAAACCAUGUAAAAGUUC